GUAUCCCAAAAUGGACACGCUGAGUCACCCCUUAUAUCGGGCCGACCCGAUUGCCCUCCGACGAUAUCUCGAGGUCAUUCGACAACAAAGCCACUCGCAGGCCCAGCGAGCGCACGCCUCUCCCGACACUCGAUUUAUCGUACACCAAGGCGACUAUUAUUCAAUGACGCACCAGUCAAAGAAGAAACGCAUCGACGAAGACAACCUCCCCGCCGAUGCUGGUACCAAACCAAUACAACUGCAGCGUAGGAGAGUUUGGCGGGCAUGUGAAAGCUGCAGACGCAAGAAGAUCAAGUGCGACGGUUGUGAGCCCACCUGUGCUCAGUGCCAGUCCUCAGGCUCUCAGUGCACAUGGUUGCAGACCAAGGACAGGGCGGCUUUGAGUCGACAUUAUGUACAGGAGCUGGAAGCCCGUCUCUUGCACAUGGAAUCGCUGUUCACUCAGAUAACACCCAUCCUCGAGCAGUUGGGUCCUUCCCUAAAUCUCCCUUCCUCCUCAGGACAGGCUUCUGCCACUGGCAUUUCAAAAGAGGAUCCUCAACAAGCCAAGUCCGUACUGCAAGCACUCUCAUCUAAGGUUGCCGCCGAUACCCGCACUGAUAGCAGUGCCUCCCCAGAAUCUUCGGGUAUCAAGGUGGAAGACGAUGUCUCUGAAUCGUUUGGGCAACUCGCUCUCGACGAACAUGGUCACAUGCGUUGGAUAGGCGGUUCCUCAACUAUGUCACUCAUCCAGUCUUUCCGUGCUCUCACGAGUAACCCUCUUCAACGUGUGUCUCCGACAGAAGAUGACCCACAAGCACCGGGCCCCAACGUAAAUAAACUGUAUUUCCCAGCAGCUGUCUUCUUUGGGAAAAUACACGCCCUUCCCGGCCCUGAAGAGGUAGAGUAUCCGGAAGAAGAUUUAUGCGAUAAGCUGGUCGACGCGUACUUCCAGCGCUUGCAUUUUUUGAUGCCGGUACUCGACAAACCGUCUUUCAUGACUCGAUAUAAGAAGUUAAUGCAGCGGCGGGGCGAUACUAACUUUAUCCGAACUGAGGCGGCUUUUACAUCUGUCGUUUUUGCCGUAUUCGCAUGCUCUGCCAAGCUGGUUGAUGACCCGCGGUUAUCCUCAGACAACCCCGAUGAUGGCGGCAUGGGUAUGGUCUACUAUGAAAGGGCGUUGGUUUUGCACUACAUUAGCCACAAUUCGAUUCAAAUCUCCCACGUCCAAAGCUUCAUUCUCAUGUCUUCCUUUUUGUGCUCCAUUAACUGCCUGCCACAAGCUUGGAUCCUUGUUGGUCAGGCGGUACGUACUGCACAAGACCUCGGUUUACACCGCUCCCCUCGACGUCUUUUGAUUCCAGCUGUCGACAAAGAGACCCGCCGCAAGAUAUGGUGGAUCGUUUAUUGUCUAGAUCGCAUGCUUGCCCUCGCAUUGGGCAGACCCCUGGGCGUCGAGGACUCCGACUGCGAUGUCGAACUUCCUGCUGACGUUGACGAUGAAUAUCUGCCGGAAUAUUUUAGCGGAGUUAACGUGUCUCAGAAACAUCCGACACUCGUGUCAGGCACCAUAGCUCUUGCGACCCUCUACCAGAUAGCUGGUAGAGUUCUCCGACAAGUGUAUUCGAUCGACAAUUGUAAGGAAGGUCUGGAACCGGAAACGCGGGCGGAACUGCAGCGGUCGGUUGAGACUCUCGACCUUGAACUUAGCAAGUGGUGUCAAGAGUUACCUGUUGCAUUCAAGAACGAAGCCCCCACUGAGAAACAUGUUUCUAUGACGGCUGUCUUGUGUAGCCAUUACUAUUCUGUGCUCACGACCCUCCACCGCAAUUUCCUGCCUGUCAAACGGGAUCAAGAUCAAUCAAUAGCACCUCAUUCCGUCGCUAAAGCCGUAUCGUCAGCACGCUCUUGCAUCCGGCUUGCCCCGUCGUUUAACAAUGCCGUUCCUCUUUCUCACCAUCUCGCUUUUUUCACCCAACACCUCUUCAGUUCAGCUGUCAUCAUCCUUCUAUAUGCCAUGCACGCUCCCGACACAACGGCCGCGGCAGCGGCAAUGGAGGAAGCAAAGACUUGUCUUCCUACAAUAGAAUCCUGGGAAGGACAUUGGCCCGGUGCCCGCAAAUGCAAGGAAUUGCUUACAGAACUGACAAAUAUUGCCGACGAUGCUAUGAGGAAGGCCAAUGGCGAAGAUCGACGAGCUCAGGAGGUAGCUAUCGCGCAGAAUGUCUCCCCCGCAAUGCUCGAGCGCCGGCGAUCUCUCGUUGUCUCAUCUUCUGCGCCUGUACCGACAGUCAGUCGCCCAAUUAAGACGAAGCCUAGGAGAAUUAGUCGCUCACGGGAUCCCAACUCGACCCGACGCCCCCCGAUGUCCUCGCCAUAUCGUGUUGACUCGCAGCGCAAUCGUUCGACGUCGCGCAAGCGGGGCCAUGAUGAGAGCGAGGGUCUUGCGGGGUCGAACAGUCUGGCGUGCUACCCAAACGCCUACUCGAGCCCGCAGUCCGGGGGGGCCAAGUCGAGUCCCCAUAGUUCCCCUGCUUCGGUUAACCUACCUUCACCCUCAACGUCUGCAAUAGAGGCAUCACAACUCCAGGACGGAAGUCCUCGGAUGAUGGGUGCAUCGCCUUACAGCUAUCCAGGUGCACCCCUUUCGCCACUCCACGUUUCUUCGCCGUAUGACUAUGGGAUGCACCAAAGUCCUCUGGUGUCUUCGAGCUCACAUCAAUGGGACGUGGGUUCUGGCGAACCUCAUAACGCUGACGUGUAUCAAUCUGCCAGCCAGGGUAGUUCAUUGCCAUACGCAACGUACGAACAUCAGGGCAUGGGCCCGUCAUGGUAUGGUGGUUCUGACAUGGGUUAUUCAACCCUAUCCACUACGCCCCCAACUUCUUCAUUCCCUGGACCCGGACUACCUUUCCUCGGGUUGGACUAUAUCCGCAACUACAAUUCGAAUGGGUACUCUCUCGUGGGGGAUCAGGAUUCAUUAUGGCAGACGUUCGACGCACGUUCGUUCGGCCUUGACCCGGAUUUGCCAUUCACACUCAUGGAGAACUCAGCAGAACUUCACGAGGGACAGCAGCAGUCCCCGCCCGAGUCCCAUCGGUGAAUAUCUAGCCCGAUUUCUCUGGGCUUUUAAUUCACCUCCCUGUGUCAAACUGCUGCUGUAUGGCUCACAACUGCACCUAAGACAACACUUGUAUCCAUAUAUGCAGAUCCACACCGAGGGGUUUGGACUUACCUUACAACCAGUCUUCUUCUCGAUAUUCAUCACUAAUGCGUUCCUCGUAGUGUUACGUUCUCGCCUUCAAUGACCUUUCAAUACUUUCUUACUAGUCCUUAGUGACGUAUCCCUUGUGGGAUGCGCAGUUCUCUCUGCAACUUUUUUUUCCUGCUGUACCCUUCCUUCGAGACAUUGCUUGUAUCACCACUCACGUACCGCCGCACAUUUUCGUUGCUCCGCAGUUACCUUACCAACCCACGUAGUUACUCGUUUGAAACAAUUGAUGCACCUUGCCUGCCUGUCAUCCUGUGAUUGGGUUU